UUUACCACUUCUUGUCACGUGAGCAGCAAAGAUUCGCGCCGCUCUACGGCGCUCCUAGUUGUCGUUGGUUUCCAAGGCGACACUUCCGGCGCGGCAGAGACAAGAAGUAAAAGCUGUCACACUCACUGACCGGGGAUGGCGAGAGCGGGAGGCCGGGCCAGCAAGGUUCUCUCUUCUGGACAUCUGUCCCUUCCUGUAAGACCAGCGGCCUGUAAGAAGAGGGCUACAGUAAGGAAAUCCUCUGCGACCUCUGUGGACUCCGGGUACUCGCUGUGCUCCUCAGACUCGGACGACCAGGUUCUGGUCAUUAAUCGAGGUCUGGACCGAUGCGCCGAGUUACUACACGACAUAUUACAAUGUGAUGUUAGAGAGAACCCGCAGAAGCCUCGCACAAUGUCUGUAUCCAAAGGGAACGUCAGAUCGUCCACCGUGAAAACAAAGAAGACCUUUGUGAGGAAGCCCAGCACCACCACCUCCCAUGUCUACAAAGAGAAGGGAUCUCUGAGGAAGACUUUUCCCCCCAGGCUGUGUAAUGCGGAGAUACAGAGACCCCGUGUGAGUUCUCCGCCAUUGGUUGUGUCUUCCCAUAAUUUGGACCAUGUAUCUACGCAGAUGCAGCACUGGAAUCAAGUGUCGGCGUAUAGCGCUCCGUCAGCACCAGGUCCUGAGGCCUCUGCUCUGUAUAACCAUCGCUUACCUACAUCAACCCCAACGCUGUCCCCCCAACACCCUGCAGGUCCCCAGAGCUCCAGUAAUCAGGAUGUCCACCAGACUUUGCCUCUAGGGGGCGUCAUUCACUUUCCUUCAUCCACGGUUGCGUCGUCCUCAGUUUAUUCAAUGCCUGGCAAUAAACAAGCAGCACCUCAUAACUGCACUGUACCCACCGGGCACCGAACAACCCAUCGAGCCAAUGUAUUGUCACAGCUCGAUCACUACAAGAGUCUGAUCCGGGACUCUGAUCUACUGCAGUGUGUGGCUGCUCACUUAGCUCAACUACAACACAGCGAAGGUCCCUUACAGAACCAGGCAGCAGCGUGUACAGCAGAGUCUGGCGCUGAGACAGAGAGGCCCCUGACGGAGAGCGAUGAAGCGUCAGGUGACGAGGAUGAGGCGGUACGAGAGAUCAGCUGUCAGACAAGUUUCAUCAAUCGAAAGACGAGCCCCAAGAAGACCGAGAAAAAAAUAAAGACUGUGAAAUAUUUACUUGGGGAAAUAAAGUCCUUGGUGGCAGAUCAAGGUGACAGGGAGGCGAUGCGUCUGGUUGCAGAGUUGGAGCACAGUUUGUCUCUGUUACCUGGCAGCACCAAUGUACAUGCAGAGAUCGCGCUGGCCCUGCAGCCCCUGAGAAGUGAGAAUGCUCAGCUGCGGAGACGACUACGAAUCCUCAACCAGCAGCUCAGAGAUCGGGAGAGGGUUGCAAGAACGGAUGAGCAGAACUCUGAAGUGACCGCUCUUCAGUCCAUGAACGAGACUCUUCAGCAUCAGCUGAACGAGUCACAAAAAGGACUCGAGACUCUUCAGAGCAAAAACGAGGAUCUGGGGAAAGCGCUGGAGAUCCAGACGGAGGAGAGCAGGAGGGCGGCCCGGAUCAUCCAAGAAAGGGAACAGGAAAUACUUCACCUGAAGCAGCAGAAAGACCUUACAUCGGCCAACGAGAAGAAAGAAGUGGAUGACGCUGUGGGGAAGAUGAAGUCUGUGCAGUUUAGGUUGGAGGCUUCAGAGAAAGAAAACCAGAUUCUAGAGAUUACCUUACGGCAGCGCGACGCCGAGGUCACCAGACUCCGAGAGCUCACACGGACCUUACAAGCCAGCAUGGCCAAACUUCUCUGCAACCUCGGUAAGGACUCUGCAAAACCCGAAGCAGGCAGCGGCCUGACACAAGCAGCGCUGGGCAGCUACGACAGACAGAUCCAGAACGAGCAGUCUCCAGCCUGCACCUCUAUCCUGAACUAUCUGAAGAGGCUGGAAACAGACCAGGUGUUCACUGACGCCAUGUAUUCUGAGAAACCUCUCAUCCCAACCAGUGAUAGUAAAGGUGUAAAUUCUCAGCUGACUGAGGACUGUAUGAGGAGUCAGUCACAUGGUCCCAAGAGCACUGAUCCCCCAGGACCUCCUCACAGCCCCCACAAACCCAUAGGGGAAAUUGAAGGUGAAUUGGGUUAUGUAACCAGUGAUGAGCAUGGACCGGAUGAGACCCUGUAUUUGCCUCUGGUGAGCAGCCCCUGUAAAUCUGAUUCCUCCCUGAGACGGAUGUGCACCCCACCCAAAGUUUACAGUGUGGACAAAAACCUGGAUUACAGGUGGGAGGACAACAAACACAACAGUCUCUGCAGCUCAGCUAGGAAUCCUGGGCUGCACAAAGUUUCACAAUAUACUCCCCACAUGUUAGAUACGAUCUCUGAGGCUCAUCAGCAAAGAUCAGAGGCAUCUCAGAGACCCCCUGUCCUACAGCCGAUGAGGGUCCUGCAGCUCCGGGAUGGUCCUCCCACUGACAGCUCAAGGUUCGAGGGCAGAACUGACUGGAGCAUCUGCUCCUUCUCCACCUUCACGUCCCACGACGAGCAGGAUUUCAGGAACGGUCUCGCCGCUCUGGACGCCAAUAUUGCCAAACUGCAUAAGAGCUUACAGAGUGGUAGUGCCAAGAAGUAGUUCUGAGCAAUCCUAGCGCUGCUCCUCCUUAAUAAAUUACUGUAUGUUUAAAUAAUUAUUACUUUUAUAAUAAAAGGUGUAAAUGUGAUUUAUAAUAAAUGUUUUGU